CCCCGAGUGGGCUACAUUGAGCCGAGAGUAAGGGAGAUUAUUCGAUGUGCUCCGACAAACCAACAACAAACCUAACAUGACUAACCUAUCCCCUUAUCGUCCCUACCGCAUCCAACCAUCAAUCGAAGCCUUCGAAGUUCCCAUUCACAAAUACCUACACCAGCAGCCUGAAAUCUGCGGCAUCCUCAGUGCAGCCAUAGUGAUUUGCAAGAACCGAGUCUUGCUCGUACAACGCGCCGCCGAUGACGACUUUCCCAACCUGUGGGAAGUCCCCGGUGGCACCGCCGACAAAGAUGAAACGAUAGUUCAAUGCGCCGUUCGUGAAUUGUACGAAGAGGUCGGCCUAGUUGCGUCUACAGUGGUGGCUAUGGUCGGUGAGGCUGGAUGGACUGCAAGUGACUCGGGGGGCAGCGAUAGCCGGGAAUGGGGUACCUGGAAAGUGUUUUGCUUCUUAGUCAUGAUUGAUGGUGCCAACGAGGAAUUAAACCUGAGAAUUCAGCUUAAUCCACGCGAGCAUCAGGCGUACCUCUGGGUAACAGAGACCGAUGUACGUCGGGGCUUUCAUGGUAACACCCGCUUGAAUUGGAUAUCAUCAAAUCAACCCCAGGCUAUACUGGCGGCUUUUGAAUCUGCCAGGCUUAGUGGAUGGUGAACUACUCGUUCUUGACACAAGUCAUGAGUAUAUGAGUAUCAGGGCUACGAUAGAUUUGAAAGAUAGAGCCUUAUCCGUGAUAGUGUCAGCUUGAACGGUUAACUGUUUCGAAAUCGAGAGACUGGAACAGCGGACACAAAGUGCAGGCGGCGUUGGGCAGCAUAAUCACAACAAAACCUUAGUAUUAUUACCGGUAACUACCGGUAUAUGUACACAACCG